AUGGCGCAGGGCAGUCAACAACUCGACGUGCAGGUACUCCAUGAUCUCCGACAACGUUUCCCUGAGAUACCCGAAGGGGUGGUAUCUCAGUGCAUGCUUCAGAACAACAACAACCUAGAUGCCUGUUGUCGAGCCCUUGCACAGGAGAGCAACAAAUACUUAUAUAUGGAGUACCAUAGCCCUGAUGACACCAGAAUGAAUAGAAAUAGCCUUUUGCACAUUAAUCUGGGUAUUCAUCCUCAUACCAGCUAUCAUGCAGGGGAUGGAGCUCAACUUAAUGGUGGUCGUACACUGGUACACAGUUCAAGCGAUGGACAUAUUGAUCCACAACGCACAGCAGGUAAACAGCUGAUAUGCUUAGUUCAAGAACCACAUUCUGCUCCCGCUGUUGUGGCAGCUUCUCCUAGUUACAAUCCAUUUUUCAUGAAUGACCAGAAUAGAAAUGCAGCUACUCCACCUCCACAGCCACCUCCACAGCCAUCUUCCAUACAACCAGGAAUGAACACGUCUGCUAUGCAAGGCCCUCCUCCCACGUAUAUGCACAUACCUCGGUACAGUACAAAUCCCAUUACUGUUACAGUAUCACAAAACCUCCCCUCUGGACAGAGUGUACCCAGAGCUCUACAAAUUCUUCCACAGAUUCCAAGCAAUCUUUAUGGGACUCCUGGCUCUAUUUAUAUAAGACAGACAUCUCAAAGUUCUUCAGGACGACAGACUCCUCAGAGUACACAGUGGCAUUCAUCGCCACAGGGCCCGGUUCCACAUUAUACUCCUCGUCCCCUACCUGUGUAUCCACAUCAACAGAACUACCAACCUUCUCAGUAUUCUCCUAAACAACCCCAGAUCCCUCAGUCAGCUUUUCGAUCUCCACCGGCAUCCCAGUGUCCCUCUCCCUUUGGGUCUCCUCAACACCAAGUUCAGCCUCCUCAGCUGAGUCAUCAGAGUUCACAUGUUUUCAUGCCUCCUAGUCCGUCAACUGUGCCACCCCAUCCUUAUCAGCAAGCAUCCCAGACUUUUCAAAAACAAGGCGGUCACUCUGUAUCAUAUCUUCCUCCGUUUGCUGGACCUAGUUUAUCCAAAGGUUCCAUGAAUAAAAUAGAAAUUACAGUUGAGCCGCCGCAAAGACCUGGGACUGCAAUGAACAGAAGUCCUUCACCAAUAAGUAACCAACCAUCUCAACGAAACCAGCACCCGCUGUAUACAGCCACUACUCCUCCUUCAAGCUCUCCAUCAAGAGGUAUGUCGGGUCAACCCAAACCUCCAUUUAGUGUUAAUCCGGUAUAUAUUACGUACACGCAACCAACUGGACCUACAGGUGCGCCAACACAGUCUCCUCGGGUAAUGGUGUCUCAGCCAAACCCAACCGUUUUUAAAAUCACAGUAGGUCGAGCACCGACUGAGAAUCUUUUAAAUUUAGUGGACCAAGAAGAGCACUCUGCAGCACCAGAACCUAUUCAGCCUAUUUCUGUAAUCCCAGGAUCUGGAGGAGAAAAAGGAAGCCAUAAGUAUCAGAGAAGUUCUAGUUCUGGAUCAGACGACUAUGCUUACACUCAAGCCUUGCUGUUACAUCAACGAGCAAGGAUGGAGAGAUUAGCAAAGGAACUGAAGCUUGAGAAAGAAGAGCUCGAACGCCUGAAAGCCGAAGUCAAUGGUAUGGAACAUGAUUUAAUGCAGAGGCGGCUUCGAAGAGUUAGCUGUACAACUGCAAUUCCAACCCCUGAUGAAAUGACCAGAUUGAGAAGCCUCAAUAGACAGCUCCAGAUAAAUGUUGACUGUACACUGAAAGAAGUUGAUCUCCUUCAAUCUAGAGGGAACUUUGAUCCGAAAGCCACGUGUAACUUCUAUGAUAACAUAGAGCCUGGUCCUGUUGUGCCACCAAAGCCAUUUAAAAAGGAGCAUCAAAGCAGCUCCAAACAGACUCCACGGACUCAGCCAAGAGAUGAAGACUUUGAAGGGGCUCCAUGGAAUUGUGAUAGCUGCACCUUUCUAAAUCACCCAGCACUAAAUCGCUGUGAGCAGUGUGAAAUGCCCCGAUACACCUGAAAAUCAGGAAGGGGCUGCGUUGGGUUGAAAACAGGCUUUCAAGCCGACAGCUGUAGGAGAAGGAAACAUGGGGAACCUUUCAGUUCAUCUGCCCAGCCUUUGCCAGUCAACAAUCUUCAUAUUGCAAGGGGUGGGAGUAACGUGUUGAGAUGUUUCUGCUUGAGCUACACUAAAAAUAAAUAAAUUAAGGGUGAAAUUCUGUCUUAUCCCAUUGUAGUGAGCAAAGCAGAAAAUGAAACCUGAAAAUGUAAAAGGAUUAAUCUGGGGAAGAAUGUAUACAGGAGAGCAAAUAACUACUGGUAUUUAGUCCUGUGGUUAUAGUUACUGCUUAGUGGCUCUAAAAAAAAGAAAGAAAACAAACCUACUGUUUUUUUAAAAACAUUCUAGGACUCUUAGUAAUGGUGUGAAAUGUUACACUUAACCAGAAAACCUGAAGAGCCAGAGCUGACUUAACCUGGCCACAGCUAGCUGGAAAACAAAGUCUCCCUGUGCUUCUAGAUUGUAAGCUACUGAAAAAGAAGACAGGUAAAAGCAACGAUAAAUUUUGCAGUGUAU